UUACAGUUUAUUUACCUACAGUAGACAACAGGAGUAUUAGUUAUUACCAGUAUAAUAGAAAGGGUUAAUACAGGCACUCUGCUGUCAGCGUAUGAGAAUAUGAUUUUACUGACACACUAAUAUACAGUAAUAUGCUAUAUUAGCACAGCCAAUAGAGUGACAAUAACUUGCAGACCUGUCCCUUUUAUCAGAACUCUUGUUUGCACUUAGCAGGAUAUAUAGUGGAAAGUAGAACACAACCAGUCCUGCAUUGCUGUGCUAUACUGUGAUAUCAUAGGCUGCCCUGUGUUCCUGUGCUGUACUGUAAUACAUUAUGCUACCGUGUUAUAUAAUGUGCCUCUAUACACUGCACUGUGAAAUGCCUAAUAAGGCCCCAGCCCCUUCCUGUCAUUAUGACAUCACAGCCGCAUCACAAUGCAGCUGAGGCCAGGGUGAUGUCACAGACUGUUAGAGUGUUAGCAUUUUGAUAGGUAGUUUUUGGCAGAGAAAGACAUGCAGAGAUGUUCUCGUGCUUACAGACAUUUUUGUGGAUAUUUCUCAUUAUUACGGCUGGUCAGGGAGCACCUAUUGUGGCAACUGAAGACCCAGAGGGAUCAGCUACGCAUAAGCUACAUCCAGGAGAUUGGGUCUAUUUAAAGAGACAUGUGAGAAAGACCUUUGAACCAAGAUAUGAUGGUCCAUAUCAAGUGCUGCUAACCACGCCUACUUUGAUCAAGGUGAAAGGUCGUGACAUUUGGAUACACGCCUCGCACUCGAAGAAGCUGACAGUGACUCUCCAACCAGAAGAAUGAAGUCGCUUAUCCUUUGGUUGUUGUUAGGGGUAAUCCCCAUGGUUUGUGCUAUAAGUCCAGGGGACUGGUUUACUGAAAGGGAGUGCCAUAAUGAUGGAACUGUCAAUAAGGGAGAACCAGAUUCCUGCUGCUGGAACUUUGAUGACCAGCGGUGGAAUUACUAUAAUCUAACUGUACAACCCUCUGUCUGUUUUUACUUUUAUAAAAAAGGUGGAGUUCUCAACUACAAGACACCAAAAAACAUGUCAGAAAAAGCUGUAAAGAGGUGGAGAGCAUGUAAAGCUCUUAAGAUUAUUAUAAAUGAGGGAAAAAUGUAUAAAAAAAGAAUUGGUGCAGAAAUACAUCUUUUUCUAUUGCCCAGUAACCGCACCACAUUUACACUGUCCCGUGGUACCAGAAUGAAAAUGAAAUGCUGUGAAGAGCCAUUCACUAACCCAAUAAGAAAUAAGGGGGUAGUUCAAGCUAUAUCGAGAUGUAUAAAUGGCUCUAAGGAACUACCUUUUAAUGCUGAAUUGUCCGCGCAGGACUACUCAAGCACAGUGAUUGUGUGUACUAACACAUCCAGUUUUCCUGGUAAUGCUACAGGACAUAGAUCAAAAUUUUAUAUUUUGCAGAAUAAGCCAGAAAUAAGAAAUGAAACUUUGAUUAAAAUACCAGCAACCUGUCAGAAAGUGGGUAUAAAGCAAUUUAGGAUACUACAUCAAUUUAAUAUUUCAUUCCCCAAAGGCCCUAAGUGUAACCGGAUAAAAAGAGAAUGGUAUGAUAUCCUGUUGGGAGGGGCAGGAACAACCAUGGGAGCACUAAAUUCUAUAGAUAUAGAAACACUGACUAACAAAAUGAGUGACGCAGGCAGUGAUAUGGAAGGAGUGGUUCACAUGCAGGCAAAAUGGAUGCCCACUGUCUUUAAUCCGAUUUUAAAGGUCAUCAAUUGGGAUCAUUCUUUUCUAACCUUGGUCAACAGUUCUUUUAUGAACACGUUAAAACUGACCAAAAACAUCUCUAGUAUGUUCAAGUGGACAGAGUGCUCCAUAAGAACUGUGUAUCAGGAGCAACAGAAAAAUCUAGCCCAGACCCAGUUAAUGACUGGGAACAUACAGGUUUAUAGAAAAAUGUUUAAUAUAGCAUCUGAAUUAUGGGUUAGGCUAUAUGGACAUGAGGUUUAUUGCACAGACAGGUGGUGUUGGGGCCAAAUAGAAACCUACAACAUAACAAAGCCUAAGAUCAUGUGUAAAUACUUCAUUUUAGCAGUACUCUUCACCACAAAAGCAGGUAACUCAGAUUUAUGGACACCUCAGUUCAGAGGGCAGUAUAUUGAUCCAAACAACAAAACUCAUGACCUAUCCCUAUGCACUAGCACUGAUAAUGGGCUGGCAUGUCCUCAUACUACAUACAUACCAGAAUCAUGUCAGCUUAAGAACCCUACCAGUGUUUGUAAUUGGGAGUUGCAUGAUCCAAAAGAUGACAUCUUCAUAGAAGUGGCACCACAAAUAGUUUGUAUGAUUACAUAUGACAAACAGAUCAGUCAGCUAUAUCAGCUACCAAACCCUUUUUCAGGAUGCCUGUUCAAUGUAACUCAUUUAAUAUGGAAAAAUCAGACCAUUGUUUUCUAUAAGGACCAAACUGACUACCUAGAUCAGGCUUUUAAGCCAUUAACUCUGUCCCCCCAUAACAUAACUGUAAGCAUACAGGAUAUCAUUAACAUAAUCAACAAUACAGAAAAAUUGGAAGAGCACCUAAGGAAAGUUAAUUACUCUACAAGGCAUGCACAGAUGCAAACAAUAGUAGAGGCUGGGGAAUUAAAACACAUGGCCACACAGCUAAAAAACAAUCUACAGCAUCACUGGUGGGAUAUAUUCACAGGAAAAUCCCCAUCGGUUACAGGAUUAAUGAAAACUGUCCUACACCCACUACUAGCAAUAGUCAUAAUAUUAAUAGGGCUGGUUGCUUGGAAUUGUUAUUUUUCCUGUAAAUUCCGGAAACAUGUGAACAAAAUGGACGCGAUCAGAAAUGCCCAAGAGAUUCUUCUGUAACAUAGGGAGAAAAAGUGGAAUCAAAAAGAGGGGAAAUGAUGGUGUAGGGGUUUUCUUAGUAUAGCAAAUAUAUAUUGAUUCAAGCUUUUUCGUAUUAACUAAGAUAUUUACUCUUGCUCACAAUUAGGUUCGUGUUUCCUUAAAAGCUUCACAGAUAUUUUCAAAAUUAUAUUCAAAGCAUGAAUUGUUCAAUGUCAUAGCGCCAGAUGUAUCCAAGGCCAGUCAAGCAUAUCGCCAAAAGUUCUGAACAUCGAGGAGGAUUUUGACCUGUCCUGACCUCCAGAGAGGAUGUUCCGGGAAAACCAAUAAUCGCAAAGCAAUAAAUAUAUUUUAAUUGCUAAUUAUAAUCUUGUGUGACAAUUGAUGUGUUUCAGUUUUCAAGACAUACAUGGUGUAUUCUGAUUGGCUAAAUGUAUUGGCACACAUGAAUCCUUUGUUCUUUUACUAUAAAAUAAACCUUAUAUGGCCCCUAAGACAGAUCAACUAUGAACUGCUUAGGUUACACAAUGA